CCUUGCUCUGCGCAUGGGCCCUCCCCGCCGGGUGGCCAUGUUGCAGCGCUAGCUGCCAGCGCAGAGGAGGCGGCGGGACCGCAGCGCGAACAGCACCGCGAUGGCCGUGGCCGUGGGGAGACCGGCGAACGAUGACCUUAGGAACCUGUCCCUCUCAGGCCAUGUCGGCUUCGACAGCCUCCCUGAUCAGCUGGUCAACAAGUCAACGUCACAGGGCUUCUGCUUCAACAUCCUCUGUGUGGGCGAAACUGGCAUCGGCAAGUCGACGUUGAUGGACACUCUGUUCAAUACCAAGUUUGAAAGUGAACCUGCGACGCACAACGAGCCUGGUGUGAGAUUGAAGGCGAGGAGUUACGAACUUCAGGAGAGCAAUGUCCGUCUGAAGCUGACUAUUGUCGACACAGUUGGAUUUGGUGAUCAAAUUAACAAAGAUGACAGCUACAAGCCUAUAGUAGAAUACAUCGAUGCACAGUUUGAAGCCUACUUGCAAGAAGAGCUGAAGAUCAAACGAUCCUUGUUCAAUUACCAUGACACCAGAAUUCAUGCCUGCCUAUAUUUCAUUGCACCAACCGGACACUCGCUGAAGUCCCUAGACUUGGUCACCAUGAAGAAGCUUGACAGUAAGGUGAACAUCAUCCCCAUCAUUGCUAAGGCUGACACCAUUGCAAAAAACGAAUUGCACAAGUUCAAGAGUAAAAUCAUGAGCGAGCUGGUCAGCAACGGCGUCCAGAUCUACCAGUUCCCGACAGAUGAAGAGACAGUGGCUGAGAUAAAUGCCACAAUGAGCGUCCACCUUCCUUUUGCUGUAGUUGGCAGCACUGAAGAAGUGAAGAUCGGCAAUAAGAUGGCAAAAGCCAGGCAGUACCCCUGGGGCGUUGUGCAGGUUGAAAAUGAAAAUCACUGUGACUUUGUGAAGCUACGGGAGAUGCUGAUCCGAGUGAAUAUGGAGGACUUGAGAGAGCAGACGCACACCCGACACUAUGAGCUGUACAGGCGCUGCAAACUUGAAGAGAUGGGAUUCAAGGACACGGAUCCAGACAGCAAGCCUUUCAGUCUCCAGGAGACCUAUGAAGCAAAGAGGAACGAAUUCCUGGGCGAACUCCAGAAGAAAGAGGAUGAAAUGAGGCAGAUGUUCGUCAUGCGAGUGAAGGAGAAGGAAGCAGAGUUGAAGGAAGCAGAGAAAGAUCUUCAUGAAAAGUUUGACCAUCUAAAGAGGACUCAUCAAGAAGAGAAGAAAAAAGUGGAAGACAAAAAGAAGGAACUUGAGGAAGAACUGAACAACUUUCAGAAGAAGAAGGCAGCAGCUCAGCUAUUACAGUCACAGGCUCAGCAGGCAGGUUCUCAACAAACCAAGAAAGACAAGGACAAGAAAAACUUCUUCUUUAUGUAACCGUGACUUUGCCCAGGCCCUGCACCCUCCUCUCCCAGUGGGGCACUGGAAGAGCCUGCGGCCACGGGCACCCUCGCCAGCAGAAGAGCCAUCUCAUUCUUCCAUCACGUCCGCCCUUCUCUCCUUCCCUUUUUGUUUUCCACCUGUGCGUCUGCGGGUGCACUGUGCCGUGUGUUUCUGUGCGGGAUCUGUCUGCUCCCGGCGCAUCUCUGACAGAAUGGAGGCUACCAAAAGUGACAGAGGUAACGGCUGGAGGGGAGAGCCUGGCCAUCGUGUGAGAUGAUGCUCUGCCUUACGUGUGUCGGGUUUUUCUCUCUCCCCAUUUUCUUCCUUUUUGUCUUAACAUGCACAUGUCCCUGAUGACAAAUGCUGUGCCUGUCGGUGAGGGUGAGUGUGCGUACCUGGAGAACUUGAUUUCUGCCUCUAAAGAUCAAGCCUGGCCACUUUGGACACUAUGACUUCAUCACAAGGACAUCCUGUGCUCCUCUGACGUGCGGAAAAUAAGUCCUUAGGCCGAGGUGACUCCUUUUUUUCAGUAUGUGGUCACAUGGAGUCGAAGUGGCUGAUGUUGCAUUGAUGGAGCCUGUUCUGGGUGGUCAAGGCUGUAUCAUUUUGGGGCUGAUCUGCCUCUGUAGGAGCCAAGUAUCUGUCUGUUCUUGUACAGCUCAGCUGCACUGACUUGUACUUGGAUUAAGGGCUUCAUUUUAUUUUCAUUGAAGUCUAAUUAGUGAUUAUUUUCUUAACAAUCCUGACUGCGGGGUAGUUGUUUGACUUUAUAACUUGUUUACUUUGGAAGCUAAUUCAGUCAAAAAGCUUGGAAGGUGCUGAAGUAUUGUUUGAAUGUGGAAAACGGAGGUUGUAAAUUUGGUCUGUAGUGGCCUCUAGCUGGUUUGGGAUGGAUGGAAGGAGCCAGCCGGAUCCUCCUCGGAUGUUUUUCUACCCGGGGUGGUGUAUUUAUUUUUUUUUUAACCAAAUACUAGUGAUGUAUUCUUCUCAUCUGUGAACCUUAAUCAAGGAAUUCACCUCCUUCAACCUGCCUGGAAAAGGUACUGUUACAGUGUCUCGUUUUUGCCUCUUCCAGUCUUUGUGAAGCACAAGUGGCCAGGGGUCUCUGCUGAAAUAAUCUGGGGGUUUUGAGAAGCACAAUGUUUUUCAGCACUCUUCGGUGACAGGGUUUGGUCAGCAGAAACUCCUUCCAGCCAGGUGGUGAGAAAAACUGCUUAUCCUGGAAACAUUUGCAACCGACCAAGUCACGUUAUAGGUACAAUCGGAAAGAUUAUAAAAUAUUGGCCUUGUGCAUACACUGUAAGGACGUACCCGGUAUGUAAAUGGAGGUGGGUACCACUGCCCAGACUGGAGGGAUGCGAGUCUUUGCGCUGAUGUCUUAGGACAGGGUUUGCAUUAAUACCAAAGGUGGAGCCUGCUGUCCCACCUGAGCCUCGGUGGGCUCCCGGCCACGUCUGCUCUCCAGACGGAUCCAGAGAACUUGUCGCAGUCAGCCUUCUGAGGAUAAAACAGAGCAGCUAAAGCCUCACAGGGUGAGGCCUUGAGGGUGUUGCUGGAUUGAACUGUGCCUGUGUUAAUUCUUCUUGUAUUCUGCAAACCUUCGGAUGCCUUGCUGACUGUGAAGAGGUUGCACUGCUUGCCGGAGGGAAUCCUUUGUGUUCUGUCAGGGCUUAGGUAACAGAGCUCUGCGUGCACUGAGCUGUCUGUGCUUAGCAAGAAGCGAUGGGCUGAGCCACGUGUUUUCUGAAAUCAGUCAUUAACUCUGCAGCCAAGGGCUCCUGUGGGAUUGUGGCAUGCUGGUCCUUGAGCCACCCCUGCACCUCACGCAGUGUGAGUGUCAUCUCCAGCCUGGGGGUCUCCAUGCGUGAUAGCAGUCACUGUUUACUGAGAAAGUGUCUUGGCCAUUAAAAUGCCCAGUUUACAAGUGCUGUGUCUUUAUUUCAGUGUUGGUGCUUAGGCCUGUCUGUGGCAUCAGGCUGUGGCCCUGUCCGUGGCAGCCUCCAGCUGGCUAAAAUCCCCUCCUGGUUACUCAUCCAGAGGCCAGCCCAGCCACCGGAUGGCUCUUGCAUCCUAUGCGCUCUAGAGUUUUGCUGUGCUGGUGCUCGAGUCCCGCCUGCAGCUCUGGACUUCAUGUCUCCAGAAGGAUGUAGUGGAGUUAGAGAAGGGCACUUGAUAAAUGGGACGGAGCAGCAGCCGGCCAGGUGAGACUGCAGAGGCUCCGAGGCCUCGGUUUGCAGAGGGAAAGGCUGAGAUGAGAGGACAAUCAGCCCCGCUGCGCGCGGGAGGGUGCAGCAGAUGUCCUCUAGAGGUCUCUUCCAGCCUGUGGUUACUUGUGAUUCUCUGUUACAACGUGGGAUGCCGACCUGCUGCUUUCCUAAGAGGCAGGAACAGAACGUGAGCGGCACUCGGCUCGAGGAAACCGGCUCAAAACGUGGAGUAACUUCUUUACAAGGCAGGUAGUAAACUCCUGGAAUUUGUUGCUCCAGGCUGUUGAGGCAGAUGAUAUCAGCAGAAGGGUUUGGCAUUGUUGGGGUUUUUUGAGGGGACCAGAGUCAUAUGGGAUUUUCAAGGAAUGGAAAUUAGAAUGAAAUACGUGACAUCUAUGAUGUGGUGCUGGUGGAUCCUGGGACAGAGGCGGGUUGAACAAAGAGCAGAAAGCACGUACGGGUGCUGCGAGCAGGGUUUGUAGCGAGACAUAUAUUGGACAUAUACAAUACACUGCACUGAGAGUGUUCCGGAGGUUUUCUCACACCUCAGUGCUGAUGGCAGGGAUGGUCACCGGCCCUUCUGCUCCACCCAUGCGGCUGUUAGGGAAGGAGUUGGUGUGGGGAAGGGACAGCGUUGGGAAACCUCCUGUUGGACAGCUCAGGAGGUUUUUUGUCACUCAGUGUCACCACAUGACUCUGGCAGAGCGGGGAAAGGUUUAAAAGAUUUAAAAUCAGACUUGUGGGCUUAACCCUCCUGUUAAGCUGGGGAGUAAAGAGGAACUUUAACAAACUCUCCAAGCCCUCAGCUGGGAACGACUCUCAGGCUGGUUGUGCCCUGAGGCCCAGGCUUCAGGGCUGCCAUGCUGCUGUGGGCCGGGUAUUGAUCUACUUGAGGAAUGAGCAUCUUCCCCGUGUUUGGUACCUGCAGGUCUGUCUCGUGUAAGAGAGAAAUACUUAACAACCACCUUGUGACAUCUCCGCGGUCCCUGUGGAGGCCCUGCCUGCCAGCACUGGCCUCUGAGGUCCAGGCGUCCCCAGAGCACGGCUCUUCCUCUCUGUGGGAGGUGCACAAAGGCCAGUUUGGUGCUGCCUGUGGCGUGCAGCAGAGCUGGGCACUUGCGCUUGGAGCAGGGGUGGCUUUGAAAGUUCAUCCUCCCCAUUGUGCUGCAUCCAUGGGCCUCGAGGGUGCAGCCAGGCCUUGGCAUGUUUCAGGGCCGCAUAGGCACAAUGGAGAGUUUUGUAGCAGAUUUAUUCCAUGUGUACUGGGUGGGUUUAAACUGGUGUGUUCCCAGCAAAGGUAGAGGAAGGGAAGAGACAGGUUCAAACAAGGCGCUUGCAAUUGCAGAGGCUGGGUUUUCCCUUUUGCAUCUGGAAGAGCAAAAGGCAACAGGAUGCUGCUGGGCAGCACAGCCAGAGAGCUGGCCCAGAAGCGUCACAGGACCCUGUGGAGGCAGGUCUGCCAAACAGGGCAGCUUUUGUCUGUCAGAACCUUGGGCUUUGUGUUGGAGUUCCCUGUGUGCAGGCAAAAGACAAUCCCUGUGGAUUUGUACGUAGUGCCAGGAAAAUAAAAAGGCGUCUGUGUCUGCAGUCUGCUCAGGCUGGGGCUGGGGCAGUGCCUGCACAGCGCGGUGGCUUGGCCAGCCUUGUGCAGCACUGGGAGGCUGGGAAGGUUCUGGGCAGUGACCCUUUCUAGUACUUUAAUUAAUAAAUACUGGGAGAGCCAGAAGUAACAUGGAGUAUGCGUGAGCACAAUUCUGAACGCAGGUGAGGACACUGGAAUUACUGUGGUGAUUCUCAUGCUGUUCCCAAAGCGGCAACAGGAAGACCUCUCCCUCUUCCCCUUUUGCCCCUCUGCCCCUCAUCACCGCAGAGCUCUUCUGCCGGGGACGUGCCUUCUGUGGGGCAGCGCAGGGCCUGCUCUCGUCCCAUCACUUUGGGGAGGAGAUGACUAUGGGAAGGAAAACUUCCCUUCUCACAGAGGGGCUCACAACCACAGCUGCAGCACAUCUGUUCAGAGCUGCUCCCGCAGCAGCUGAAUCCCUCUCCUCACUCCCAGCUUCCUUCCCUGGUGUUCCUGCCAGUUGGUACAGACACCCCUCACUUGCCAGCCCUGUGCCAACUCCUCUCUGUGCACGUCUGCAGGUGGGUUUGGGCGACGAUCCUCACACGUGCCCACGUGCCGGUGCUGCGGAAUAGGGCAGGGGGGAAUGCGUCCUUUAAACUGGGAGGGACAAUGCUGUGGCACUUUGGUCUCCAUCUCCUCUUCCGGAAGGCAAGCAAGAACCCACAGCCGGCUGGGGCACGGGAAACCUGCUGCUCUCACACAGGGCUGACCCAGAGUGGCCUCCACAGGUAGAACUGAUCCUGGACCCAGGGCAAAAGCAUGAAAGGAGGCUGGGACUCCAGGACAACUUUCUUUAUUGCUACCAGAAGGCGUUCAUCAGUACAAUGGCUCCAAGUACGAUACCUUCCUCAGGGCUGUGGAGAGAGCUUACAAUUGGGAGACGUCAUUCCGAGAAACAGAGGUGUCACAUUAAGGAGACGAGUUUUAAAGGUUUGACUGUUGGUUAGAAGUGACACGAACACAAAACUUGGAGGGGUAGGGUCCUUGGUUUUGGUUUUGUGGCUGGUAGUUACACACUGUUCAAAGCUCAGGCGGCGGCAGCCACCUCAGCACCUUACCAAGCCGUGCUGGUCACAGGCCAAGCUUCUAAACACACGGGGAACAGACUGUGGAAUUUAAGGGGAACGCUUGACAGCGUUGAUGAAAACCCACACUGAGAGCAACGUUUCUUGGUGCAAACAAAAAAAAUACCAUUCUUGUUCGAGUGGUACCAAACCCGUUAACUGCUUUCUGUGUUUGAAAACACAAACUGUUUCACCUUGGAGAAGUCUCUGUCAGGGAGGAGCACGGUGGCCGCUGCCCUCAUGUCCUCCCAGAGAACCUCCACACUCCGGGGGCUGGAACUGGAGUGGGCGGCAGUGUGCAAGCGCUGGCUUUGGUUUGUUCCUGACUAACCUUAUUUAAAUCCAGUUAUUAAAUAUUCUCACAUUUAAACACCAAAGUGCUAACAAAACAAAACAGAUCCCUUUCUUGAGAGAGGGACAAGGAAGCCGUGGUGGAGGUCAGGUAGUACAGAACGUCAUGCACAAGACUGGCCGAGACUUGAAAGAGGAGCGAGGAGGAAGAGAGCAAGGAGGAGAUAGAAAUCGGAUCAGAGAGGUGUUAGUUGGCUGGGAAACCUGGAACAACUCUGCACGACGGAUGUGAGCUUGUGGAUGUGGAGAAUGGGUUACAAUACACAGGAACAGAAAAACAGUGGAACUGACAACACUAGAAGGAAACAAAUUUUUGCUACUUUUUUUGUUUGGUUUUUGGGUCUUUUUUUAGAUUUUUAUACUUUUUUUGUGUUUUUAAGUGCUUAAA